AUGCACAAGCUAGGGCAUUGCGGCGGUGAUGCGAGAUUGAUGGAAAUAAUCUCGCAUCAUUUAGAAGUACGCGAGUGCCUCAAUCACGAAGACGAUGUUGGAGGUUACAUAGCUGACUUCAAGCGCCGUGUGAUUCCGCAUCGUGGGAGACACCCGUCAGGCCGACUUAGUUCGAGACGACGACGUCCAGCCGAACAAGCGAUUAAUGAAGUCGUACCAACACGAAGAACACGAAUCGAAGCCGUGUGGGAUUACCCACGUAAUGAGCGGAACUUCCCCAUGGUUAUAUUGAAUGAAUUUUUUAAAUAUUUCUUCCUACAAGACCAGUUUUUGUAG